GUGUCUGCUAUCUUUUAUAUAAAUUAUAUUGGUGUCCCCAGCUUUAAAACUGUACUUAUAUAUCUUCACAACGUCUUUGACAUAUCCGCACGAUGGAACCUGACACUUCCACACAAGCAUACCCGCUUUCUCUCCCUGGAACCGACCCUAUCCUCACCAUAACCUAUCCACGGCAGGGUCUUUGGAUCAUAGAGCUGCACAAUGGGGACGAUUCUCGUCUUACAAAGCGGCUCAUCGACGAAGCAUUCCGUCCUGCUCUAGAUAUCGUGGAGAACCACUGGGCCAAGGACUGGAAAGCCGCCAAUGUGUCUGAGGACAAGGAAGGCGGCAAAGGAGCACUCAUUAUUGUGGGCAAGAGAAAUCAAGAUAAAUUCUUCAGCAAUGGGUUUGACUACGAGAGCGUGAAGGGUAAUCCGGCUUUCUUUACUUACACUGCUAAUCCUCUCCUAUCACGCCUUCUCUCUUUCCCAAUCCCCACCAUUGCAGCCAUCAAUGGUCACGCGUUCGCAGCAGGCAUGAUGCUGGCGCUAGCUUGCGAUUAUCGAGUCAUGAUAGAUGGAAGUAAACGGCGUGCAUGGCUAUCCAUGAAUGAGAUACACUUUGGCGCACCAUGGCCACUCUCUUUUUCAGCGCUUCUUCGCGCCAAAGUUGCUUUACCCGCGACGAGACGAAGUGUCGCAUUGGAGGGGCACAGAUUCACACCAGCAGAGGCUCUAGAUGUGCAUAUGAUAGAUCAUGCAGUGCCUGGUGCGGAAGGGACGAAAGGCGUGUUGAGCAAAGCAGAGGAAGUCGCAGUUCAAGUCAGUGGCCUGGCGAAAGGCGGAGUGUGGGGGGCGAUCAAGACGUAUUUGUAUCACGAGGCCCUCGAAACUAUCAGCCUUGAUGCCCAGUCACAUAGCUUGCCUCUCCCACAUGAUUCUAUCGGUACCAAAUCCAAGUUGUAACCAGCGUAGCUCUGGCAACUGCAGAACCGAACUCAUUUAGUGUACUUGGAUGAAUGGGGGGUGUUCCCGUCCACCGUUCACAGAAAUAACCCAAAGCCUAUGCGCAAUCUCCCGAACCAAACUCCUCGAUCAUUCUAUUAUUGAAAGAGAUGUCAUGAUUGGUGCAUUGUGGGACAGACAUGACGUUUUUUCCCUUGUUCAAGUUGAACACAUCAGAAGGUUGACGUGAGUGACUGCUUGGAAAGGAUCAACCCAUCCGAGUUAUUAUUGCCUGUGAUAUUUCAAGAACGCACAAUCUUCGCUGUUACGUUCCCAGUUCAUCUAACAAUGUAAAGGCGGUUAUAGGUGCGCGAAAGCAUGCGCUACAAAGAACAAGAGCCAUCCAGGACUUGUGAUUGUCUCUGAACAAUGCCAAUGCACGCUCAUCAUAGUAUCACAGUUUAGGGACGCACCAUUUGAUUG